AAAGAAACAGAAGAAGAAAUACUCGAGUUGGAGAGAUCUUUGGAGCAUGGAUUUGAGACUUCAUUUCCAGUCCGGCGGAUCUCACACGACUUUAGGUUUGAGAGUUAAUUUGAGGCGGGACGCCCGUUUCAAUUGCUAGAGGAUGAUUUCAUUCUCGAAGUGCUAAUUCUUCAUCAAGGUCGGGAGUUCGUGUUAGAUCUCCGAUAACCACUCCAAAACCUGCAUUCCGAUCGAGCGAAGCUGCAUCAGUGUUCAACAUUGGGAGAUUUCGAGGCUUCCAUUGCGUCAGGUAUUACAGCUCUGUGUUACUUUGAAUUAAUUUAUGGCUUCAACUGUUCUUAAUGUGCCUAAUAGUGUUCGAGGAAUUGAUGGUUUGGAUUGCGGCUCCUAUCUUGGGCUAAGACCUUCGCCAAGUUGAAAUUUCCUCUGUGUUCUCCUUGUCUUUUCAUUGUGAGAGCGGCGAUGAAUGCAGAGUGGAAAGCUGCGGUCGUGGAUGGCUGCGUUCCAGAAGCGCCUCCUGUGCCGCCAAAACCGGAUCGCCAGUCGGAACUCCUGUGAUUCCUUUACUGGAGUUAUAACGAAUGGAGUCUGUACUUCAAUUAUGCAAACAAGCUGUCGCCCAGGGAUGCAAGUUCAUUGUAUGGUCCAUAAGGCUUCUCGGAAUAAUUCUUCUUUUCCCAUUGCAGCAUAUCAGGUUUCGGGCAUAUAAUCGAUAAACAAGGCUGGAGGGUUCUCAAUAUGAUUGACGAAGAAAAGGUCAUGGAGUCUCUCAUGUAAAACCAAGCGGGCGUGUUCUAUCUUCUUCAGAGGUAAAAACCACAUUAUAUUCAAACUUUGGAUUGAGUUUUGAAAUUUAAGCUUUAUACACUGUUUUCAACUUACAGGUUGUUUUUUGGUUUUGGCAUCGAUUAGACACUUUCAAAAUCAAAGAAAUUUCGGGUUCGGAUUCAAUUGUUUUCUUAGGAAAUAUGAAAACCAUUGUAAAAAAAAUGGUAAGAGAAUAAGCACAUAUAGGUUAUAUAUCGUACAAGGCUUUAGUAGUAAUUCACGGAUCAACCCUAUCCUUCAUCA